AUGGCAUCUGGCGGUUGGGUAGCAGAGCUUGAUAAGAAAGAACACAAAAACUGGGUGAUGGUUGGUUGUGCUCUUAACAUUGCCAAAAAAGGAAUAGCACCAAAAAUUCAAAACAAAUUGGAAACUUGGUACCAGUCCCUUAUUUCCAGUCCACCGCUUCAGUCACUUCCCCCUUGUGCAUGCGCACCUUCAGCACCAAAGUGCGCCACUUGCGUCACCUGGGAAAAGGAACUGAAACGUCACCACAAGUCCGGGAGACCAAAGAUUUGCUGGGACAACAGUGACCGAACACAGUGGGGAUCUCCGACUGGGGCAUGGGAGAUAGCUAAAGUUUAUAUGCCAACUCUUGGAAGCCGGGCAAAGGAUGUCAUCGACGCAGAUGGAACCGACAUUGGUGGUCUUUUGAAUUUGUUAGAAUGGUGUCCUUUUAUCAAUCCCCCUGUGAGUCGAACUCUUUUGAAUUCAGCAAGAGAUGAAUGCAGAAAUCGUUGGGCGCAUGCUGCAAAACAAGAAAUUUGUGAUACCGAUGUUCCAACUAUAUUUAGUCAUCUCAAUAAUCUGCUUAGUGACCCAGUGUUUAACUCUGAACGAUCAGCCCGAAAAGCGUCCAGUGAUCUACAAGAUUUGUUCCGUCAAGGUCUGAUUAACUUCAGAGUGUCUGAGGUUGAAGCUCUUCACUUGUUGCGGCAAUGUCUGGAGGCCGAUCUGAGAAAGUGCCAAGAAGACUUGGCAUAUACACUUCGACAUUUAUCUCAGGUCCAAGAACAAAGUAAUGCGAACAAAUCUGAGAUCACUACACUGAGGCAGCAAAUGGAAGAAAAGUCAAGAAACGUGUCUGAAAAUGUAUCCACGAUACUGAUUGAAGUUGCUGCCUUUAACAAGUUCCUAAACCAAAGAGAUGAUCUCAGAAACACAAUUGAGGUUAUUUGUGAUGACUUAGAUGAACACAAAAGUUCGAUCUCAAGAUUACAAGAAGAUGUCAUGGAGGUUAAAGAAGAAGUAAAGACAUUAAAACACAAAGCCCAGUUUGGUCCACACAAGAGAAACGAGAACGAUGACGAGGAAGAUGACGACGAUGACAUUCUUUGCACGGCACCGGAUUGGUUAACAGUGUUUACCGGCCGCAAAUCAGAACUAGAAUGGCUUGAAAGUAAUCUUGUUUUGCUGAACCCUGAGAAGAAACCCAGAACCUCAUCUUCUAUUAAAACAAUAUGCGGCCUUGGAGGCUGUGGAAAAACUUCGCUGUCUAUAGAAUUUGCUUGGCGUUACAAGCAUCGCUUCCCAGGAGGCGUGUUUUGGGUCAACGGUGAAAAUGAUGAAAAUGUACGGAAAUCCGUGGUCGAAAUACUUACGUUUGUCAAUAUCAGCGCCUCAGUAACCGACAACAUAGAGGACAUCUUGAACAAAUUCGUGUCAUGGUUGUCCAAAAUGAAACGUCCAUGGCUUCUUGUGGUAGACAAUGCCGAUGAAUUAAAUGAUCCAAACUGUCCAGCAGGUGUUAAGAAGAUAUGCAAAGGGUUGUGGCAAAGAACGCACCUUCCAAGGAAGCAUGGUCAUAUACUUGUUACAACCAGAGCAAAUGCAACACAGAGUAGAACGUUUUUGAAGAUUUCAAGUGAUGAUUGUUUGAAGUUACACUGCUUCAGUGAAGAAGAAGGUGCAUUAUUUCUAAUGCAACGGACAGGUCUAGGAGGGAACGAUCUUGACCCAGAAGCUAUUUGUUUGGCGAAAGAACUGGGAUCCCUACCGCUAGCUCUCGAACAAGCCGCAGCGUACAUAUCUUCCAGCCCUCUUCCACUUAAUUUUAAAGAUUACCUGAAGAGAUAUGAAGAAGUUAAGCUUCGUCUUUUAAAACAGCAACAUGCCACUGCUCUAAGUCUGGAAGCACAACAUAGGUUGUCAACUCACACAACCUGGGUGGUGAACUUCGAAUAUGUUAAAGAAAGGUCACCUGCCGCUGCAAAGAUUAUGCGUAUUUCUGCUUUUUUUGAAUCUGAAUUUAUUCCUUUCAAUGUCAUCAAUCGUGGAUUCCCUGAAUGUAAUCAGGAGGAACUGAGAGAAUGUUCAUUCUCUUAUUCAGAUAUUGGCGACAUCCUGAAGAUACUAUCAAGCUACUCUCUUUUCUCGGUAAACCACCAGUGUAAACUGUUCCGAGUCCACAAGCUUGUCCAAGAAGUUGUUAGAGACAGCCUUACGAAAUCAGAAAGGAUAAAGACAUUGGUGGAAUGCGUUCGCGUUCUUCGCUUUGCGUUUUUACAGUUUCCUGUAUUCGAGAAUUUCAGGUCAGGCGACCUUUACGAAAUGGAUUUAGAGGACCAGCUUAUUGUUUUCUCUCUUUUGCUGCACUUCCUCAAGUUGACAAGUUAUAUGAAAGAGGAAAUGAACGAGACAAAGGAGGAUGACACCAGUGAUCUUUUUAAUGUGGACACCUAUCAUUUAUGCAAACUUGUACAUGAUCUAACUAGGACACGGAGGUCUCUUUGUUUGUUAAAUGCAGAGCUCUCGGACUUCUUCUUGCAACUCUUUAGAGUGGUUUUCGGUGACAGUGAUCCGAGCGAGCUCCUCUUUGAGAUGACCAACGCAAGUAUCAUCAAAUGGAACACUGAAGGAGCAAACGAAGGAAAGAAAUUGAUGGAUAAUGUUGUGCGAAAGUUGUUUGAGUUUGAGAAAUCUGGUGUUGUUAUAGAAGCCGAUGUCAAAUUCCAAGUUCUCUUUCAUAAGGCAAAUUUUUUCUUUGUUGAAGGAGAGGUGGAAAAAUGGUACAAUGCUUUGUUGGAGCUUGAGAGUUUAAACUUACCAACAAGCGCUGCUAAUACCGCAGAGCUACUAAUGCACAUUGCGGUUGUAGAAAAUUAUGGGAUGAAAAGAAAAACCGGCCAUCGUGCCAUGGAAGCCAUAGAAUUAGCAAAGAAAAUUUAUUCUUCGGAUGACCCAAAGUUGCUGCGGAUGCUUCAGUACGCCAGCGUGGUACUUUACGACAGCGGCAAGUUAAAGGAAAGUAAAAUAUACGCCAAAGAAAUGCGAGACAUUUCUAUGACGCUACCUCCUUGGUCAGAGGAUGUGGGAUGUGGGAUGCACUCUUCUCUGUCAUAUUUAUGUGAAUUAAACCACGAAGUCAUGAAGGACGUAUUGCUAGAGAUAUUAGAAUACAGAUGUCCCCAUAUAUACAGUUGUAUAUUAGAUGGCUAUGUGAAUAACUGUAUUCCUUAUCUUGAUGACGGAUUCGAAGAUUUCAUUGAUGUACCGUUACACUGUUUAAUGAAAUGCGUUUGUAUCGCUCUCAGAGAGAGUAAUAAUUCGAAAUUUUCCGCGGAAACUUUGGCCAUUUACCGACGAAUUGGGGAAACAUUUGUUUCCCUGCGAAUGAAGCAUUAUGGCUCCAUCUUCCCAGAUAUGGAAGAGGCACGUUGCUUUUUAAUGACAGUAAAUAUCCUCUCUAGAACUGAUGAAGAGGAUGUGUUUAGAAGUCGCCAACUACCAGUAUUUGUAAGCUGCCAGGGCCGGCCUGAACAGUGCCAAUGCAGACCUUGCGCGGAUUCAAUUGGGGACCGUUCAAGGCGUUACAAAGAUGCAGGUAACGCGUUUUUCAGUUUAGGCGACUAUUUGAGGUCACUGGAAUUCUAUAACAAAGCCUUAAACUUGACUCCAAAAGAUGCUAAGUUAUUAACUAACAAAGCGUCUGCGCAAGUCAAGCUUUCUAAGCAGAAAGCACAGAGUCAACCUUUAAAAGAGCAACAGAACAUUCUUCAACAUGCUCUUCAAGACUCUCUUAGCGCGAUAUCUGCAGAUCCUUCUUGGGUGAAGGGAUACUACUGGAAGGCAGUUUGUCUUGCUGAACUUGGGCAAAGAGGUGCAUCACUUGCUGCAGCUGCAGUUGCUGAAUGCCUGUUUCCACUGCAAUGGACCCAAAUACCUGCUGUUGUCGAGCAUUUUGGAUGCUACAUUGUAAAAGACGUAGCUGCUUCUGAAGAUCUCGGGCGCGCCGUAGAGAUAAGUGAAAACAGUCUCGUAAUUGUGGUUCGCAGUGGGAAAUAUGUGCUAACUCAGCCUUUAAAGGUUCCAUCAAAUGCAGUGAUAGUUGGCCUUGGUAAGGUCGAAAUCACCUGUGUCAAAGGCGUUCCACUGUUCCUGGAUAAAACUGUUUACAUCGACAACAUUGAACUAACACCCUCCGCGGAGUUCAUCAGAAUGAACAAAGAGGAUGCUAAAAAGUGCCUCGAUCGUGGACAGUUACACCAGGCGUUGUCUUUGUAUAGCAAGGUAUUGGCCUCAUGUCCAGAAAACACACAGCUUCUUACAGCAAGGGCUUCGACUUUCUUGAAAGCAGCGAAAGAAAAGAACAACACGUGUCAGCGGGAAUCUUUGCUAGAGCUUGGUGUGGAAGACACCAAAUCCACCAUCAGAGCUGACCCUUCUUGGUUACUUGGCUACUCUACCAGAGCUGCGAUUAUGACAGAGUUGGGGAGGAAAUACGAAGCCUUGGCCUCUGCUGCUGUGUUUAACCACUUGAGCUCUGGUCGCGAUAUUUCAUCAGUCAUUCAACGUUAUGGAGCGUUGCAGAUCCAUGUUGUUGAAAAUUCAGAUGAACUGCGCAAUUUUCUUGAAGAAAUAGCGGAGCCUGAAGGAGUAAAUCAAAUUGUUUUAAUGAAAGAAGGAGAGUACCUAUUUGAAAACAGCGUUCAGAUCAAUCCAGCAAUCGUUGUUGUUGGUCUAGGGAAAGUAAUUGUUUCGUGCAAGACUGGCGCACCUUUUCACUUUAGAAAGGAACAUUUUGUCGAGAAUGUUGAACUUCAGGGAGACUGUGGUGAUGAGCCAGAAUCACUAGAGACUGCGAGUUCGACAAGUCUUUUUGGUCAGGAUGAAUAUAUAUCUUUGGCCUUGCCCUCGGGGUAUGACGCCUCAAAAGUCGACAGCGAGUGCAAGGUGAACUAACCCCCUGAACUAAAAUAGAGAAUUGAACGCAAAACAGUUACGUGUCGUAAAAACAAUUUAGCCAGGUA